AUGUCCUCCUCCAAAUUGAUUAGGUCAUCUCUGCAUGGCCGCUCGGUGGUGUUGCCAUCGGUCCCUUGGCCUUAUUGUGAUGAGGUUGUCAAUUUCUACGUCUCCAGCACCGAGGAGCAUGAUGUCGGCGUCUCCCCUGCCGUCAACCCGAGAGUGCUCCCGGCGGCCGCCUCCUCAAACGACACGCUGCAGCGCGGCAUCGUCGCCACCAACCAGACCGCGCAGAGCGUGACGUCCACGCUGCACAUCAUCUCAGACCUCGUGCGCGACCUCAACACCUGCACUGGGUACUACACGACCAUGGCCAGUACGGUGGCCGCCGCCCUCGACGACCUUCACGCCGGACGUGUCGUCAACGCGACCGAUAAGCUGAACGACGCCCUGGGCGCGCCUAGUGACUGCGACAUCUUGCUGAGCGGCGUAGGAGUGAUCGGGAAGGUCGAUCGUAAUCCCAUUCGGAAGGAGAACGGCGAGAACGAGAAGCUUGUCCAGUUAGCCAUCAACAUCUUGAACCCGCCGAGAAGCUAG